AUGGCCGCGACUUUGCGGCUGCGCUACGCUCACAGCUUCUGCCUCCAUUGCAGAUUACUAUUUGCGGCGUUCCUUGCAUGUUACGCUGUUCAGAUCUAUAUCACAGCUGCGGCGGCAGGCCCGCGUUUUGACAGGCGGGAGGCUGCCCUUCACGAAAACGGAUACCAAGGCAUCUGGGCAGCAGCAGCCUCUGAGCCGAAGGCCGCGCAAAACACUUUCGGAGGGACAGCACAGGCUUCCGAUCGCGGUCUUGAGGAGAUGUCGCAGCCGGCGCUCGCUGCAGCCUACAUGGAUUCCCUGCUCGCGGACCCUGUGGCUGCACAGACGAGGCUUCUUGGAGACUUCACCAAACGCAGCAAAGUAGCUGUGAUCUACAUGUGCUUCGAGCGGAUGGAGAUGAUACACCGAGCCAUUCCUGCCAUCCUCGGCAGCGAGGGCUUGGCCGAGUUUGACUUUUUCAUUUCACAGGAUGGCGGCGCCGCUUCUAUCUUCGAGAAUGGAACCGUGUCCAUCCCCAGCGAUAUACAGUUCGCCUACAUUCGCCAUCCAGCCAACCUUUGCACGGGUCUGCACCACCACUUUGUCAAGGCUUUCGCUUUCGACAUUAUGGGUUACGACAUUCUGUUGAUCGUGGAGGAGGACAACAUCAUACACCCUCAGGCGCUGCAGGAACAAGGCGCUUUCAAGGCGCUUUACUUAGCCAGGCAGUUGCAAAGCCUGCAGCUGCUGCGGCGGAUGGCACAACUAUCUGUCUCUGAGCCAGAAAUCGGUAUUGUGAGCCUUCUUGACAUGGACAUGUCGCCGUUCCUAGAUGCCGAGCGCUUUGCCGCGGGCCUUAUCCCCGUGGUCGGCCAUAUGGGUCAUUUGUGGGUGUUUGGCCUGCACCGCGUCAAGUAUGAGCUCGCGCGUGGCUGCCUUCGGGACUAUUACGACGUGAUUAAGGGUCAUGAGUACCGCGCGAAGCACUUGCCUCCCUUACGCGAGGCGAUCCAGGCACUGAUGCAGGCAAAGGGCUUCCCGCCGACAACAGCGCUGUCGCAGGACCGCUGGUUUAUCAACUCUCUUGCAAAAUUUGGUUUUGCAAAGCGCUACCAGACGCUUUUCCGCUUCUUCAAGCCCAUCGGUAACUACGGCCUGCAUUUUCGUAUGAAUGAGUCACGAUUUUACGAUAUUUUUGGGCAUAGCAUGUAUGACGGCCGCAUCGACCCAAAUGCAGCUUUCGAUGUCACCAAGGACCCCAAUAACUGUGAGGCCGUCAAGACCUCCGUGCGCGAGCGGCUAACGGCCCUUUUCGGCAAGUAUCGGACCGGAGCGUCGCCUUCUGAAGUACUUGUGAAUAACACGUACCAUGGCAUCCUGGAAGGCCGGCUGAAUGGUCUGGAGGUCGUCAGGGACAUCACGGGCAAAACGCAUUAUUAG